UGUGAAUUACAAUUUGAGUGUCGUCUGUGAAUUUCAGUGAGAUAAAUUGAACUCUAUUUUAUUUUAUUUUAUUUCUUCUCUCUCCUUCAAGAAGUGUGUGCCACGUUUGCUGACGACCUUUCUGUAGGAUAUUAACGGUGGUGAAGGAAAUCGUCAGAUGAGACAGAAGGAUGCUGAUGCUGUACCCACUGUUCUUUCUUCCUUUGCUAACAGCGACGGAGAUCACGCAGCCUACCAUGUUACAGGAGCGAUGGAAGCUUCAACUGGAAAAAUCGAAGAAUCCUGCGGAUUGGAUCGGUGAUGGUAUUUUGAACGCUGUGGACACUGUUCUUCCUGUGGCUCGAUCAUCGUUUGAAGCUCGCAAGAAGAAAAAGCACAAGUUGAACAAAUACAUCAUCCCUCUGAUCAUAGGAGUUAUGUUGAUCAAGUCGAUUCUGCUGCCUAUAGCGUUGAAAACUUUGGCUAUAUUAAGCGGCAAGGCAGUCGUUUUGAGUUUGAUGAGCUUGAUCCUGGCAGCUAUCGUCGGGUUGAAGAAGGUCGCUCAGAGUCACUCCGGGACAAGCUACGAAGUGGUGAACGUACCCGUGAAUAAAUACAAGAGACAGGACUUUAUCGAGAGAGAGGACGUGAUGGACACCGAGCCCUACAAAUUUUAUAGAGAACGUAGAAGAAAGUAA